AAGGGAUGGAGAGAAUUUAGGGUUUUCGCUGGCAGCCCCUCGGCUGGCUGGGAAGGCCACUUGUAUAUAUAUAUGUCUAUCUCCCGUUGUCUGUUUGUAUUUUCUUCUCAGCUGCACCGCUCACCGGCUUCCUUCCAUCUGUGCGUUUCUAAAGGUUUCCAGUUCUUAUUCAGUGGAAGAUGGGUCCUGGUCUCUACGCGGACAUCGGCAAGAAAGCUAGAGAUCUUCUGUACAAGGAUUUCCUGACGGACCAGAAGUUCACAGUCACGACCUACACUGCAAAUGGAGUUGCCAUCACAGCUACAGGGACAAAGAGAAAUGAUUACAUCUUGGGCGAGUUACAGUCUAGGCUGAAGAGCAAGAAUGUCACUGUCGAUUUGAAAGCCAACUCAGAAUCCAAUGUUUUAACCACGUUUACCAUUGAUGAACUUGGGACUCCUGAUUUAAAAACAAUCAUCAGUUUUGUUUUACCAGACCAGAAAUCCGGCAAGGUUGAGCUACAGUAUUUGCAUGAUUAUACUGGUAUUAAUGCUAGUCUUGGUUUGACUGCCAACCCUGUUGUGAACUUCGCUGGAACAAUCGGUUCAAAUAAACUAGCCGUUGGUGCUGACGUGUCUCUGGACACCGCUACCGGAAACUUCACCAAAUAUAAUGCUGCUCUGAGCAUCACCAAUGCGGACCUUAUUGCUUCCUUAAAUCUUUCCAACAAGGGAGAUAAUCUGACCGCUUCCUACUACCAUCUAGUGAGUCCACUCACGAGCACCGCUGUCGGGGCCGAGUUAACUCACAGUUUUUCGACCAACGAGAACACGUUAACAUUUGGGACUCAAUACGCGCUGGAUCCUCUCACUACAGUAAAAGCUCGCUUCAACAACUAUGGGAAGGCGAGCGCUUUAAUCCAACAUCUGUGGAGCCCCAAAUCCCUGGUAACCCUUUCUGCUGAGGUGGACACAAAGGCCAUUGAGAAGAGCUCUAAGGUCGGCCUUUCCCUUCUCCUUAAGCCUUAACUUGCUAGUAUUCAACGCUGCACCACUUUUGUGUUGAAUUUAAUUAUUAAUUGGAAAUAAAACUACGGCCUCUGUUUUAUUUAUUGUUAUUAUUUUUAUCAUUGAUAUUUUGUUGUUUUUACUGAAUGUGUUUUAAGCUUUAAUCAGGUGCUGGUUUUGAUGGUUUUAUUAUGA